AUGUACAAGGCCGUCAUCCUGCCGACACUACUGUAUGGAGCGGAGACUUGGACGGUGUGCGCAAAGCAGGCACGUCGUCUGAACCACUUCCACCUCAGAUGUCUUCGUCGCAUCCUGAGGCUGAACUGGCAGGAUCGAAUCCCCGACACUGAUGUGCUGGAACGGACGGGAAUCCUCAGCAUCUACACCAUGCUGAGACAAAUGCGGUUGCGUUGGAACGGCCACCUGGUGCGCAUGGACGACGAGCGACUGCCCAAACGACUCUUCUACGUAGACGUUGCCACGGGCUCUCGCCGCCAAGGAGGCCAAAUUCGUCGAUACAAGGAUACUCUGAAGUCCUCCCUGAAGCAGCUGAAAAUUAACCCGACCAACUGGGAAGAGCUCGCCCUCGACCGACCGACCUGGAGGAGGAAAGUAAAGACAAGCGCUGCGAUCUACGAAGCCAACCGCAUCGCUGCCGCCAAAGCAAACGUGAAGCCCGCAAAUCACAACUUCGCCCAGUAG